ACUUCUCCAUCUUCAUCUUCUUCCCCCGUUUCUCCGAUCUUCCACCGUUGCUGGCCACCGCCGACCUCCAUCCCUCCGCCUUUCUCCGACAUACAUUUGUCCGUAGGAGUUUUCAUACUCUUCGCUUUUAGCGUUUGUAUGGCAGUGAGCUUGUUUUCGCAUGACGUUUCUGACCUCUGUCUCGGUAAACCAGCGCUGAGGCCACUGUCCUUGUCCGCAACCGUCGCCGACGCCUUGCUCGCUCUGCAAUUCUCUAACGAUUACUUCGUUAGCGUCUGGGAUUGCCGUUUCGCGACGAGCGGUUGCGGCGGUGGUGGUGUUGGAGACGGCGAGUUUGAGUGCUGCCGAUGUGUCGGGAAGCUGUGUAUGGUGGAUGUGAUUUUCUAUCUCUGUAGGGACGAGAAUUUGUUGUCCCCUGCGGCUGCAUUUCAAGCUUCUGUCUCUGUGAUUUUGCCUCAAAUUCCUGGAAUCGUGAUGCAUUUGGAGCCGUCUGCUAGCCUGUUAGAGGCCAUUGAUCUGGUUCUCCAAGGUGCUCAAAAUCUAGUUGUCCCAAUCAAGACUAGGCUAGGAAGCAAUUCAAGAAGAAAACAUCCCAAAACCCCCACAAAUGUCAUCCAUGGCGGCCGCGAAUUCUGCUGGCUGACUCAGGAAGAUAUUAUCAGAUAUCUUCUCAACUCAAUUGGCCUUUUUUCCCCCAUUGCUGCCCUCUCCCUUGACAGCCUUGGUGUCAUCUGCACCGAUGCUUUAUCAGUAAACUACCACUCCCCUGCAUCCUCUGCCAUUGGAGCCAUUUCCUGCUGCAUCGCCAACCAAACCUCUGUUGCAGUUGUCGAUGACGAGGGAAUUCUGAUUGGUGAGAUCUCGCCCUUUGCCCUUGCCGGUUGCGACAAGGCCGUUGCAGCUGCAAUUAUGACCUUGUCGUCCGGGGACCUGAUGACUUACAUUGACCGUGGGGGGCCUCCGGAGGACCUUGUUAAAGUGGUGAAGGCUAGGCUGAAAGAGAGCAAUUUGGAAGGAAGGCUCGAGGAAUUCACUAAUUCACCAUCCUCAACUGGGUCUUUAUCUUUCACUUCUUCAUCUGAUGAGGAGUUCUCGCCAUCUCCAAACUCGAGGAAGUGUAGGAGAUCAUCGAGCUACUCGGCACGGAUCACUCGUCACGCCGAAGCCAUAGUUUGUCAUCCAAGAAGCUCCUUGAUAGCUGUUAUGAUCCAGGCAAUCGCACACAGGGUGAACUACGUUUGGGUUAUUGAAGACGACUGCAGUCUGAUUGGAAUUGUCACAUUCCUUGAUAUGUUAAAAGUUUUCAGAGAACAUCUAGAGACGACUGAGUAGACUUUCAAGCCUUUUGGCUUAGAAAUUUUGUCCCUUUCCCCGACCAUAACAUCCCUUGUCUAAUGAAUAAAAGCACUCAGAAGUCCAAGGCAGUGUUGCCAAAUUGAGACAUUUUGGGUCACUAAAAUCAAUUAGGUCUGUGUCGUUUGUGAUAUUUUGUUUGUCUAUUAACUUUUGGGAUCUACAUGUUUCAGCCAUGUGUUCAAAGCUCAAGAACAGAGUAUGCAGACAUGGAGCUUCUAGCGAAGGUACUUUUUGCCUGUUUAAUGCUUUUUAGUUUUAGCCAAUGAUGAACUACCAUGAUUAAUUAAGUCCAACAAAAUCUUGAGUAUUGUAAAAGUGGAUCGGUGAAGAUAAAAAGUAGCCAUUUUCCUGAGAUUGGAUGACAGCUCAUGAGAGAUCAAGAGUUUUAGAAGUCUUACAUAUCAUUUGAAUAUUGGUGUACUUGUCUGUCAUUUGGACUGAAGUACCAAGAUUCAGUUCUUCUGUUCAUCUGUUCAUCUGUCAUCCUCCUUCUCUGCUCAGCUACUGGUGAGCAUAUCAGAUUUGGAUCUUCCUUGUGAUCAUGAAGUGAUUCUUCGAUGUGUAAUGGAAAGUCAAAAUUUAUCUUUCCUUUUUUGUACAUAUAAUGUGAAGUUGACUGUAAUUGGAAACUGGUCAAGUUUUGUUCA